UUUGGCUCAAGUGCCUUACGAGUUCCCCUCCCCUGUGCCCACUUCGCCCCAAUGAAGGAAGCCGAUGCCAUCAAACUUUUUAUUGGACAGAUUCCCAGAAACCUGGAGGAGAAGGAUCUCAAGCCAAUCUUUGAGCAGUUUGGGAAAAUAUAUGAACUUACAGUGAUCAAAGACAAAUUUACAGGAAUGCAUAAAGGAUGUGCGUUCCUCACAUACUGUGCCCGGGAGUCAGCACUGAAAGCUCAAAGCGCUCUCCAUGAACAGAAGACCCUUCCAGGGAUGAAUCGGCCAAUUCAGGUGAAACCAGCAGACAGUGAAAGCCGAGGAGAAGACCGCAAACUUUUUGUGGGAAUGCUGGGUAAGCAGCAGACAGAUGAGGAUGUCCGGCGGAUGUUUGAGCCCUUUGGAAACAUUGAUGAGUGCACAGUCCUACGGGGUCCAGAUGGAACUAGCAAAGGUUGUGCAUUUGUGAAGUUUCAGACACACACUGAGGCGCAGGCAGCUAUCAACACACUGCAUGGUAGUCGGACUCUUCCGGGUGCUUCCUCUAGCUUGGUGGUAAAGUUUGCUGAUACAGAAAAGGAGAGAGGGCUGCGCCGGAUGCAGCAAGUGGCAAAUCAGCUGGGCAUGUUCAGUCCCAUUGCCCUCCAGUUCGGGGCGUACAGUGCGUACACGCAAGCACUCAUGCAACAACAGGCCGCCCUGGUGGCCGCACAUAGCGCAUACCUCAAUCCUAUGGCCACAAUGGCCGCUGUCCAGAUGCAGCAAAUGGCGACAAUCAACCCUAAUGGGCUCAUAGCCACUCCCAUUACCCCGAUUACCCCCAUCACAUCCUCUUCAGGUACCAGUACCCCUCCAACACUUGCUGCCACUCCAGUAUCUGCCAUCCCUGCCACUCUGGGGGUAAAUGGAUACAGUGCUGUGCCCACUCAGAGCAGUGUACAGCCCAGCUCAGAGGCAAUCUACACAAAUGGCCUGCAUCCAUAUCCAGCCCAAAGUCCCGUUGCACAACUGGACCCUCUCCAACAAGCCUAUGCUGGCAUGCAGCAUUAUACAGCUGCCUACCCUGCUGCUUAUGGUCUGGUGAGUCCGGCCUUUACCCAACAACCUGCUCUUCUUCCCCAACAACCGCCACAACAGCAGCAACAGAGAGAGGGUCCUGAGGGCUGCAAUAUAUUCAUUUAUCACUUGCCGCAGGAAUUUACUGACUCUGAGAUCCUGCAGAUGUUCCUCCCCUUUGGGAACGUCAUCUCUGCCAAAGUGUUUGUAGACCGAGCCACCAAUCAGAGCAAGUGUUUUGGUUUUGUAAGUUUUGACAAUCCAGGCAGUGCCCAGGCUGCUAUCCAGGCCAUGAAUGGAUUCCAAAUUGGCAUGAAGAGGCUGAAGGUACAGCUCAAGCGACCAAAAGAUGCCAACCGGCCGUACUAAGGAGCUAAGGAGGUGUACCUUAUUUUAGAGACUGAGGGGAUCCUGGGUCCAGCCCCUCUCCUCAUUUCUCUCUUCGCACCUCGUAGCUCAAAAUGUUUUUUCUGCUGCUGGACCAAGAAGGACGUUUCUUUCAGGGGAAAAUAACUUGCAGAAACUGGUAAUUGCUCAGCU